UGCCGUUCCUUUACCAGUUUUCUACCACCCGCAUGCGGCUUUACUCCUCUGAUUCUGCUCUGCUUUGGCUACCCUCUCUUUUGCUUCCUCCUCCGUUGACCAUUGCUCAAGAACAAUGCCUCGGCCAGAUCUGAUGGAGGUGGCAGAGGCAACCAAUCUGGAGGCCGCGAUUCUAUGGCUGGUGCAAACCAUCCUCGGAGCUCUUCUGCCAGGAAAACUUGCCGAUUGGCUUCGUGAAGCCGGCCUCGCCGGUGCCAUCGAGGAACUCAAAUAUGAGGUGGAGAGGAUGGAGACGGUGGUUAAUGGUGUCAAUGGAAGGGCGGUCGGGAACAAGCCGCUUGCCCGCUCCCUCGCUCGUGUCAAGGAGCUCAUGUAUGACGCUGAUGACGUGGUGGAUGAACUUGACUAUUACAGGCUCCAGCAACAGGUCGAAGGAGUUAUGGUUGCUCCUGCUACUGAGCCGGAAGGCAUGGUUGUUGGAGAUGGAGCAGAGCAAGCAGUUGCAUCGACCAAUACUGUUGUGAUGCUUGCUCCUGCUAUUGAACCGGAAGGCAUGGUUGGAGAUGGAGCAGAGCAUGCUGAUCCAUCCGCUAGUACUGCUGAUAUAUCGGCCAACAACGGGCGCAAAAAUCGAUCCAAGGAGCGGGACUAUUUUCACAUUACACCAGCGGUAAAUGGACAACCUGGGAGAGCGAAGUGCAUUGAUUGUGGCACACAGGUUAUUUUUAGUCACGGCACAUCAGUUUUGCGCAAGCAUCGUAACAGUGCUAGUUGCAAGAAAAAACGUGCAGCGAUUGAAGAGGUGCCGAACUGUCCAAGUGCAAAUCUGAAUUGUGCUAAUAAAUUUGGGAUAACCAACCUGCGAUCCUUUUCCUCUUGUAGUGCCGGCGAUAGUAUACAAAAUGGUGCCACAAUUUCAACUUAUGAUUUAGAGGGCAGAAAAAGAAUGAGAAUUGAGUACAGUGUAUCUACUACCACACACCUCUGGGGCAAGGCCGAUUUUUUUAUAAGGAUCCAGGAAAUAGCUCUUGAGUUACGGAGCAUCCGAGGCGAUGUGAUUGAGUAUCUUAAGGACUCUGUUGCAAGGUCUGAUCAGUACCAGAGUAACACCACCUCAGAUGCACGAGUAAGAACAUCAGGCUCUCUUCUUGGAAGAGUCUAUGGAAGGUAUAUUGAGAAACAACGCAUCAUGAGUGUUAUAGAAGAUGCUAAGUCGGACAACAUAACAGUACUAGCUAUUGCGGGCAUUGUAGGAGUUGGGAAGACGACUUUAGCUAAACUGGUAUACAAUGAUGUAUUUGUUAAAAGACAAUAUGAGCGAAUAUGGGUUUGGGUGUCCAACAUCUUUGACGAAGUAAGAGUGACAAGGGAGAUCUUAGAUGUUGUUACUAUGGCCAGCCAUGAAGGAUCUUGCAAAAAAGAAAGCUAUGAAGGAGUCAGCAACUACUCGAAGCUUCUAGAGGUCUUAAAGAAACAUAUGCCAUGUCUGUCCAAAAAGUUUCUACUUGUUCUAGAUGAUGUCUGUGACUGCAUGGAUCAUUCCCAAUGGGACGAUCUCUUGGAUGCAUUGGGAUCAAGUUGCAUAAACGGUAAUGUGAUUAUUGUGACAAGUAGAAAUUUAUCCGUUGCAAAAAGGCUAGGUACAGUCAAACCAGUUGAAGUAAGAGCUCUUGAAAAUGAUGAUUUUUUGCAGUUCUUUAGAGCUUGUGCAUUUGGUGAUAACAAUUACAAAGAGCAUCCAGACACCAGCCAACAAAUAUGUGCAAAGUUGAAGGGAAACCCAUUAGCAGCGAAAAGUGCCGUGGAAAUGUUAAGAGAGCAUCCUACUCUUGACCAUUGGAAAAACAUCAUUAAGAAUGGUAUUUGGGAAUCUAUGCAACUCCGUGGAGGCAUUGUGACUACAUUGAAGAAUAUCUAUUACCAUCUACCCUACCAUUUACAACAAUGUUUCUUGGUGUGUUCUAUAUUCCCUAAUAACCAUCAAUUUCAUAUUGAUGGUUUGAUCUCCAUGUGGACAUCAUCGGGAUUUGUGAAAUCUAUUGAGGUAGGACGAGAUUAUCUCAAUGCUUUGGUCAACUUAUGUUUCUUUGAGCAAGUUGGAACAGAAUAUGACUCAGAACAAUGCUAUGUUAUGUGUGGUAUGAUGCAUGAAUUUGCGAGACUGAUUUCAAGGACCGAGUUUGCAACUAUAGAUGGUUUCGAGUGCAAAGUGUUGCCAACCGUGCGCCAUUUGUCAAUUCAAAUUGAAACUAAUUUGGAGUACCAUAUAGAUGAAUGUGAGAUCCUAAUUCAUAAUGUGAAGUUUGAAGAAAAAUUGCAAAGUAUAGCUUCUUCAUUGAGGAGAUUGAGGACGGUGAUCUUAAUUGGGGACGAUUCUUUAUUCGUCCUGAAGUCCUUCCAUACCUUUAUUUCCAAUUUGGUAAAUUGUACCCAUCUUCGCUACUUAAAACUUGGGAAGAAACUCAUCAAUGAAUAUUUGCCUAUAUCUCUAAGCAAGCUUUACCACCUUGAAAUAUUAGAUGCUGGGUGCCGAGCAAUUGUAAAUGAUCUCAUAAGCAUGAGGCAUCUUGUUCUAACAAAGGGAGCAUGCAGCCCUUCCUCCAUAGCUAGGUAUGCUAGCUUGCAGACGAUCCAUAUUGAGGAUUGUAAAGGAUGGGAAGUACUCACAUCUCUAGAAAGUCUGUCGUCUCUUACAAAGUUGAAGUUAAGGAAUAUGGUGGAAGUAACAGAGUUGUUAAUACCUUCGUUAGAGGAGCUGGUGUUGACUGAUAUGCCAAAGUUGUAUAGAUGUUUCAUCAAUUCAGUGGAGGACUUGAACUCAAGUUUGAGGAUCCUGAAGAUCACAAGUUGCCAGGUACUUAUGUCCUUUCCCCUCUUUGAGAGGGGUGAAAAUUUUGAAAUCGAGCAAAAGUCAUGGUUGCCCAAUGUUAGCAAGCUAACCGUCUAUGGGUGUCCUCAUUUAGUGGUAUCAAAUCCUGUACCACCAUCAAGUAACUUUUGUAAAUUUUUCAUCGCAAAUAUUUUAACACUUCCAACCAUGGAAGGAUCAUCAAACGGAGAAAUGAAAAUUGCAAGGCAUCUUGUUCUCUCGAGAUUCAAGGAGUUGUCACUGGACGACAAAUUUUUGUCAUUCCACAACCUGAAGACCAUAACUCAAUUGCAAAUAGUGGGAUUGAUAAUGAGUGUAUUGUCUAUGUCACCCAAAGGUCUCAUGCAACUUGUCAGCUUGAAGAGGUUGGAAAUAUGCUACUGCAGAACAAUUUUCUCUUCGGAUGUUCCGUCAACGCAAGCCCAUGAAGACAUGGCAGCCACAGUUUUUGAUGCCCUCCCAUCUCUCGAGUGUCUCAAGAUUAUGUAUUGUGGAAUAACCGGAGAGUGGUUAUCUGUGAUGCUGCAACAUGUGCGAGCCUUAGAGGAAUUGUAUCUAGAAAGUUGUAAGAAGAUACCAGGGCUAAUGAUAGAAAGGGAAGACAGUAGUUUUUCAAAUCUCACCUUGGCUCCACGUGCUUCGUCACAGGGAAAUCCAGAUUGUGCAUCAAAAAGGUCAUGUUCUGAACUCCUGUGCAUUCCAUCUAAUCUCGUUCCCUCUCUCAAGAAGAUGUCUAUUAAAUUUUGUGACCUAACAAAGUUCCAAGGAAACAAGGAAGGAUUCUCUGGAUUCACCUCUCUUGAGGAGUUAAGUAUUUAUGGAUGCCACGAGCUGAUACCGUCUUCGGUACAUGGAGACGAAAUCGAUGAGAAAGCAAACGGAAGAUGGCUUCUCCCGUGUUCACUUGGCGUAUUGGAUAUCAGAGGCUUUUCCCUGGAAACGCUGCAGCCCUGCUUUCCGGGAGAUCUGACCCGCCUCACGGUACUAGAAGUGUCAGAUAUCAAUGCAUUGAAAUCUCUACAGCUGCAUUCCUGCACAGCACUGGAAAAGCUGACAAUUAGAUAUUGCGAAUCGCUGGACGCACUAGAGGGUUUCCAAUCCCUCUGCAGUCUCAAGUAUUUGGAAGUAUACAAAUGCCCUGGUUUACCUCAAUGUUUGGAGAGUCUAUCAACGCAGGGUUAUGAGCUGUGCCCUCGUUUGGAAAGCCUUCGGAUUGACGACCCGUCUCUUCUUACCAUGCCAUUCUGCAAGCACCUUACCUAUCUCCAAUGCCUACAACUCGACGGCAAAUAUGGAGAUAUCGACGCGGCAGGACUAACAUGGGAGCAAGAGGCAGCGCUUCAGCUCCUCACGUCCCUGCAAGAGCUCCGAUUCGAAGAUUACCGCAAACUCUCGGAUCUUCCCGUGGGUCUGCAUAGCCUUCUCUCUCUCAAGCGACUGGAGAUCUUUUAUUGCGAGAGUAUCUCAAGGCUGCCACCAUCGCUGGAAGAACUGGAGGUCUACGAGUGCAGCAAGGAGCUAGCCGAGCAGUGCAGAAUGCUAGCAACAAACAAGCUAAAGGUAAUUAUCGAUGAUGAAUAUGUGAACUGAUUACUGGGUGGCUUGUUUAGCAAACGUGUCUACCAGAACAUCAAACGUUCCCGACAUCGCGUUGACGCCUUGGAAGGCAUUCAAAGCUACCAUCAUAUGGCUGCAGUGGCUGUUGUCAGAACCAAUAGGAGUACCGUACGAGUAUUACAAGCUGUUCGAGCAAGUGUUGAAAGCCCCUCCUGUUUUUCCUAGGUGGCCCUGCUACAAGGCUUGUAUUGGCCAAAGAUGAGGGGCCAAAAAUGUUUUUCUUUAUUAUACUCUGUAGACUAAAAAAACCUGGAUUUGCUGUGCAAGGUUCUCUGGUUUUGCACAGGCUUUGUUCCACUUGUAAACCUUGUCCUAACGUGCUCAUGUUGCUGAAUA